AUGGUUCAGCAGAAUGUCACAGGUACAACAUAUUCAUACACUCACAACACACAACCUCACAACCUCCCAACACACAACCUCACAACCUCACAACUCACAACCUCACAACUCACAACACACAACCUCACAACACACAACCUCACAACUCACAACACACAACUCACAACACACAACCUCACAACACACAACUCACAACACACAACCUCACAACACACAACCUCACAACACACAACCUCACAAUUUCACAACCACACAAUCUCACAACCACACAACCUCACAGCACACAACACACAAUCUCACAACACACAACCUCACAACACACAACACACAACCUCACAACCUCACAACACACAACUCACAACCUCACAACACACAACCUCACAACACACAACCUCACAACACACAACACACAACACACAACACACAACCUCACAACACACAACCUCACAACACACAACUCACAACACACAACCUCACAACACACAACCUCACAACACACAACCUCACAACACACAACUCACAACACACAACCUCACAACACACAACCUCACAACACACAACCUCACAACACACAACACACAACUCACAACCUCACAACACACAACUCACAACACACAACCUCACAACACACAACCUCACAACACACAACUCACAACCUCACAACACACAACUUCACAGCACACAACCACACAACCUCACAACCUCCCAACACACAACCUCACAACACAUAACCUCACAAUCUCACAACCACACAACACACAACCUCACAAUACACAACCUCACAACACACAACCCCACAACACACAACCUCACAACUCACAACACACAACCUCCCAACACACAACCUCACAACACACAACCUCACAACACACAACCUCACAACACACAACCUCACAACUCACAACCUCCGAACACACAAUCUCACAACACACAACCUCACAACACACAACCUCCCAACACACAACCUCACAACACACAACCUCACAACACACAACCUCACAACACACAACCUCACAACACACAACCUCACAACUCACAACCUCCGAACACACAAUCUCACAACACACAACCUCACAACACACAACCUCCCAACACACAACCUCACAACACACAACCUCACAACUCACAACCUCCGAACACACAACCUCACAACACACAACCUCACAGCAUACAACCUCACAACACACAACCUCACAACACACAACCUCACAACACACAACACACAACCUCACAACACACAACCUCACAACUCACAACCUCCCAACACACAACCUCCCAACACACAACCUCACAACACACAACCUCACAGCAUACAACACACAAGCUCACAACACACAAGCUCACAACACACAACCUCACAACUCACAACCUCACAACACACAACCUCACAACCUCCCAACACACAAUCUCACAACACACAACCUCACAACACACAACCUCACAGCAUACAACCUCACAACACACAACCUCACAACUCACAACACACAACCUCACAACACACAACCUCACAACACACAACCUCACAACACACAACCUCACAACACACAACCUCACAACACCCAACACACAAUCUCACAACACACAACCUCACAACACACAACCUCACAGCAUACAACCUCACAACACACAACCUCACAACUCACAACACACAACCUCACAACACACAACCUCACAACACACAACCUCACAACACACAACCUCACAACACACAACCUCACAACACACAACUCACAACACACAACCUCACAACACACAACCUCACAACACAAAGACGUUUAUUCCGUCAUUAUAAUGUCUAAACAUUCUGCACCUUCUAUAAUUUUUAAAACCAAUGAAAGAGUAUAUUUAUCACUGUACAUCUACUCACGAAAUGCAUUACACAAUACAGAUCAGAGUGAAAGCCGCUACAAUGGGAACUAUUAG